UUAGCUGCCGGGACAGGAGUCUGGGGACACACAGCCUGUCUCCCCGAGCGCCCUCCGCCCCGGCCACACCGCCGCGAUGAUGGCCGAGGAGCGCUCGGACCUGGAGGCGCAGAUCGUGAAGGACAUCCACUUCAAGGAGAUCGACCUGGUGAACCGGGACCCCAAGAACAUUAACGAGGACAUCGUCAAGGUGGAUUUCGAGGACGUGAUCGCGGAGCCCGUGGGCACCUACAGCUUCGACGGCGUGUGGAAGGCGAGCUACACCACCUUCACCGUGUCCAAGUACUGGUGCUACCGCCUGCUGUCCACGCUGCUGGGCGUGCCGCUGGCGCUGCUCUGGGGCUUCCUGUUCGCCUGCAUCUCCUUCGGCCACAUCUGGGCAGUGGUGCCCUGCGUCAAGAGCUACCUGAUCGGGGUCCAGUGCGCCAGCCACGUGUACUCGCUCUGCGUGCGCACCUUCUGCAACCCGCUCUUCGCUGCCCUGGGCCAGGCGUGCGGCAGCAUCAAGGUCCUGCUGCGCAAGGAAGUCUGAGGCGGGGACGGCGGGGGCGGCGGGCCAGGCUGGGCACCCCCACCCCCGCCCCGCCCAGCCACCGCACCAUAGGGGCGCCAGGGAGCUCAGCCCCUUUAGGGACUACUCGCCCCCCCCCAAGAAGGGCGCACACCUGGUCUCUCGCCUGCAAUCCUGGGACUCUGGGAGGCCUAGGCGGAGGAUCGCUCGAGGUCAGGAUUCGAGAUCAGCCUGAACAAGAGCGAGACCCGUCU